CGACAACGUCAACGGCAAGGUGUAUUGAAACAAAUGAAACAAGACCUAUCCUUAUGGUUUCUAUUUGACGCUCUAAAAUGAACGGAGCAGAAGUAUGCGGAGCGGUAGCUGUUAGAUAAAUUGGAAGAGAAAAAAAUCAUCGAACGAGGGACCAAUAGAAUCUCGUUUGGUUUUGCGGUUUCGGUCAUUUAUUUUCAUAUAUACUUGUGAGUUUAGGGGCUUCCUGCUCUCCUAAAGUUUGCUUGCAAUAUGAAGAUGACCCAGAAGCGAUUGCUGUAGCAGUGAAUUCGCAGAACACCUCUAGAAAGAGCAGCACCUUAGGGGGACAUCUCGAUUUUGUUCAAGAACAAACAUCUCUCAGGUGGUCUCUAUCGGAAGAAGGCUCUUGUUCUUGAGACAAGGAGCCUUUUAUUCCCAGAAUUUGGCUUACUGAUGCUGCAUGAGAAUCGACAUAAAGAACAUUCAUUCCCUUUGUAGUCUUGCUCUUCCGAGACUUCAUCUUCGAGGAAAUUAGUAGCCAUGUUGAUCUUGAGCGGAGGUGAUCCAACGGAGUUCCGCGGCGAGGCCAAGAAAAAAUACGAAACAUGCUUUUGCUGCAUACCGAUAUCAGCAGGAGUUGCUGCUCUGUCAGCAGCAUUGUUCGCCUACGGGAUGGGGACUAUUUGUCUGAACAUGAUUACAUGGUACAGAACAGAAGCGACGCUGGAUAAAGAACCAAGCACCCUUACGGCACAUCUGGCGCCAGCACCGGUUAGCUGUAUUGGGAUGCGCGGCUCGAGUUACACGCUGCGGCGAUUCGUGGAUGUAAAUUGCUAAUGUUCUACUUGCUCAACGUCAAAAACGUUCUUCAUUGCUUCGAUCAUCUCCCGUCUCUCAUACUCAAGGCUCACCUCAUUCUUGUAUGACUUGUAUAUAAUUUAGUACUUGAAUUAUAAUCUUCGGUAAUGGUAAAGGUGAAGGUCAUGGUAAAUUACUUCAGCGAUUACACCGAGAUGAAAACGAGGAGAAACGUCAAUACCUCUUUGUUCUCCCACUGAAGGUAUCUGCGGCGACGUUUAUAGGUUUAAUCGGAAUCCUCGCGAUAUUGGAUAACUCCGGAAAGAAAUUAGUCUUCCUUCGCAAAGGCCUACUUUUGCUUAUCAAUGUUCACCUCUUCGUGUUUGCGUGGGACUUCAUCUACAUCAUGGUACUUGUCCUACUAGCUUGUUCGUGAUUCGUUCCAGACCCUCCUCCAAUUGCAAUUCUACCCUUUCGAUUUAUCCGCUGAGUCUGACUUCUCUAGCAUUUAGUAUCCAUGAACGGUUAUGGAAUUUGGUAACCUGAUUUCGAUCACAAGGCCUAGGAAGACGAGAAUCUCGGUGAUCAAAAUCCGGGACCAGUCGGCUCAUCUAUUUCAACCGAUGUUGAGUGAUGUCUUUUACUCGCACGCGCUCCUCCAUCUCAUCAACAGAUAUGUCCAGAGUAUCCGCUGAACGUUGUCCGAGCAAUGCUGGUUGACGGUUUCCUUAUCGGAAGCAGAAAACAAAGCGAACUAAUGAAGUGGAUCCGAUAUCCGCAAGGCGACGUCAACGAUCUGGCGGAUGUAUUUCAGCUUCCUUUGGUCUUGAUGUUAAUACUUAGGUAUGUCGAUGUCCUAUUAGUACUACAUACUAGGUGAAGCAAAAAGAGGUUGAUGUAGACAUUGUCAUCGUCGUAGACGGUCAUGCCUCAGGCUCAGACUGGUUGAACCCGAAGGAGAAGGCCGAAGGCUCGCAUCGAGCGCAAGAAAGACUGAUCAGCAGGAUCUUCGUAUUCCUCUUUCCCCUAUUUCCCUCAGACCAACGUUUUCGGAUGGUAUUUCCUCCAGUUAUCGGCUUUCUGCCUAUUUCUAUAUUACAUUGCUGUCCGGCUCGUGAAUUACGUCGAAGAGAAAUGUCGAGGCCCAUUGGGUUUAGGGGAGUUCUACGGACUCCGAUCGACGCAUGCAAGUGGUGACGAUGCAACGAACUUAUUUGGUCUAGAGGAAAGGCACCCAUUAACAAAACCCGUAGACUUUUGGUCAGAGUAUGGCUUUGAUGUAGGCGGGAAAUUUUAUGUGAAAAGCGACACAAACGAAUUUGCUUCUGCUGCAUAGUGCUUUGAAACGUUGUAUUUAGAAUAGAACAUAAUUCACUUUCACGACCAUGAUUUCGAAAAAGAAACCUACUCCUAUUAAGGUAAGCAUCGUAUUUGUCAUGGAGCCUGCUGUGAAUGCUUAGCUGCUACGGCUCGCAACUUCUAGGAAAUUAUCGAGCAGUUUUCUUCCUCUAUCGCUAUCCGUCAGUCACCGAACCCGAAUUCGUCACGUGGUUAUGAGAUAGUUGCU